UUAUAAUUCCUCGUCGAUGGGCGGAACAAGGCUAUUCCGGCUUCUCACGCGAAGGGUAGGAGGCGGCAUUUUGCAAAUCUGGAUCUCGGCAGCGGAAUUAAGGGAGGCGGCGAUCUUCAGUUAUCAGGCAUAUUUUAGGGGGAACAAGAGAGAAACUUUCAGCCGAUUGGGAUCUCAAGUGACGGGAGGCAAAGAAAAGAGAGAAUGACUAAGAAGAACUUCAUAGCACAAUCUCAACACGAAGGUGGGCAGUCAAGACCUCGAGCCAGGAACUGGACUAUAGAUGAAGAUAAUUGUUUGUUGGGAAUAUUAAAGGAAAUGAUCCUUAAAGGAAAGAACAAUGGAGGUCAUUUCACUACCGAGCAAUGGUAAAAUGUUACCGAUGAGUAUAAAGUUAGGACUGGACAAAAGGACAGAGGCAAACUACAAAUGCAAAACCGUUAUAAAAUUUUGAAAAAGCAAUAUUCCCUUAAUUACAAACUCCGAAAUAAAUCAGGUUGGGGUUGGGAUGAAGAGAAAAAUAUGGUGAUUGCACCUACUGCGAAAGAUUGGGAGGCAUUAAUAAAGAUGAAUUCAUUUGAAGAUUUUGCAAGCGAUCUUAGUGUUGAUGAUAUUGACGCACUUGAUGAUGAAGAUGAUCUUAUAGAGGCGUUGCUUUUGAAUGAUGAAGAUGAGGAUGAAUACAUGUGGAAUGAGAUGAUUACAAGUAUCAUUCAUCAUUCAAAUAUGAUGAAGCAGGUUCCUCGACCAUGUCGAACUAGGCCAUUCUCUGGACAUAUGCUUGUAGAAGAUAUGUUGUCUGGACAUCCUGAUCGUUCAUAUUCUUGCUUCCGAAUGAGUUCUGAGAAAGCAUUGGGAGCAAUUGAUGGAUCUCAUAUUCCUGUAAUUGUGAAGAAAAAGAAACACAACAGGUAUCGUAAUCGAAAGAAUUUCAUAUCUCAAAAUGUAAUGGCAGCAUGCUCCUUUGAUCAUACUUUUCUUUAUGUUGCUGCUGGAUGGGAGGGAUCAGCAUCUGAUAUGUCAGUACUUCGUGCAACACUGGAAGAUGGUAAAUUUAAUGUUCCUGAAGGUCGCUUUUACUUAGUUGACUCGGGAUAUGCUAAUACUUCAAAAUUUAUCGCCCUGUAUCGUGGAUCACGCUAUCAUCUUGGAGAUUUUACAAAUGGAACCACCAGAGCCUAUCGAGAUACUAAAGACAAAUAUAAUCAUAGACAUGCAUAACUACGUAAUGCGGUGGAAAAAGCAUGGGGAAUUUUAAAGCAAAGAUUCAAAAUUUUGAAAGUUCUUACUCUAUUUCCUUAUAAAACUCAAGUUAAAAUCGUUGUAGCUUGUUGUGUUCUUCAUAAUUUUAUUACAAGGCAUCAGGGAAAUGAUAAAUACUUUAAUAUGCUCAAUGGAUUAGAGAUGAAUGAGGAUGAAGAUGAGGAGGAGGAAGAAGACCCCCAAUACAUGGUUGGUGUAGAUGAAAGUUUAAGGGGUGAGCAGCUUCGCAACAAGAUUGCUUUACAGCUUUGGAAUAAUUGAUAUAUGUAGUUGUCGAAUAUUAAAGUAUAAGGAGGUUGAAUUAUGUAUUUUAUUAUCUUUAUAUUAGCAAAAACAAGAAAUUUUAUAUAGAG